AUGGUGCUGCUGCUGGUCAUCCUCAUCCCGGUGCUGGUGAGCUCGGCCGGCACGUCGGCGCACUACGAGAUGCUGGGCACCUGCCGCAUGGUCUGCGACCCCUACGGCGGCACCAAGGCGCCCAGCACGGCCGCCACGCCCGACCGCGGCCUCAUGCAGUCCCUGCCCACCUUCAUCCAGGGCCCCAAAGGCGAGGCCGGCAGGCCCGGGAAGGCGGGCCCGCGUGGGCCCCCCGGCGAGCCCGGGCCCCCGGGCCCCGUGGGCCCGCCGGGCGAGAAGGGCGAGCCGGGCCGCCAAGGCCUGCCGGGCCCACCCGGGGCGCCCGGCCUGAACGCGGCCGGGGCCAUCAGCGCCGCCACCUACAGCACGGUGCCCAAGAUCGCCUUCUACGCCGGCCUCAAGCGGCAGCACGAAGGCUACGAGGUGCUCAAGUUCGACGACGUGGUCACCAACCUCGGCAACCACUACGACCCCACCACGGGCAAGUUCACCUGCUCCAUCCCGGGCAUCUACUUCUUCACCUACCACGUCCUGAUGCGCGGCGGGGACGGCACCAGCAUGUGGGCUGAUCUCUGCAAAAACAACCAGGUGCGGGCCAGUGCAAUUGCCCAGGAUGCUGAUCAGAAUUACGACUAUGCCAGCAACAGUGUGGUUCUUCACUUGGAGCCAGGAGACGAAGUCUACAUCAAACUCGAUGGCGGGAAAGCCCACGGAGGAAACAACAACAAAUACAGCACGUUUUCUGGAUUUAUCAUUUACGCUGACUGACAAUGCAGGAAUUCAGCUCAUUGAUCUGAGUUUGGACGCUGGAUUCGUAUGGCUAACAUCAGUGAAUCAAGGAUCCCAGGGGAGUGCCCGUUGUGGGGCGCCUCAGUUGUGUAUAUGUGGGGAAU